AUGUUCCGUCAGAAUAAGAGAAGAACUGCAGGAAGAAAGAAUUUCGAACCUUCGAUCUUCCAGGGAGUUACCCAAAUCUACAACACUCGUCUCUCGUUCUACGACAUCCCGCCCAUCGAUGAAAUCACGCUUGAAGAAUUCGAGACUUGGGCCAUCGACCGUCUCAAGAUUUUGAUUGAAAUUGAGUCUUGUGGCCUUAGAUCAAAGUCGUUGAGAGAAACAGAGCAGGUGAUCAAGCCUUUGCUAUUGAAGUAUCUCCCCUUAAACCCGAACCCAUCGUCAUCGGCGUCUCCUCCUGCGAGCGUCAUAGCUGAGCGUAAGAAGGACCACUACUCGCACUUCAUCCUAAGACUUGUGUUUUGCCGUACAGAAGACUUACGUCGUAAAUUCAUCAAAAAUGAGCUCGUUUUGUUCAAGAUAAGGUACAACAUGCUUCAGCCUAAGGAGCAAAGGGAGUUCAUCGCACAGUACAGCGAUAAACUCCCGUGGCAGUACAUAUCACAGGACGAGAAAUUGGACAUUUUAGAUGAUUUAUUUGCUGCUACAUCAUCUACCGUCCGAAACAGCUUGGUCUUUGAAAGUGGUGACCCGCUGUUCACCAUCUCAAGAGAUCAGCUCUAUCAGCACAUUCAGAAAUCUGAGCAGUUUAUAAAACUUCCUUUUGAAAAGGUGCCCAAUUUGGUAGCAUCCAGAUCUGUUUUGCUUCGUGCUGGUUCUGCUUACAUUCCGUCGACGCUCCAAUUGAAUUUGCUCUCCAUUGAGUAUCAAGAUUUGCUCACCACCCUGCUCAUUAGAACUUUCCAAUCAAUGCCACGAUUGGAAGAGGAUGAUAGGCUCUUACCACUCUUGAAUAACCUUUCAGCCAACUCGUCGUCUAUAGAAUACGAUAUGUCACUGAAGUUCGAUGCAGAGAACGCGUCGGAUAUCAAUGCUGUAUCAGUUACUACACCUGCUGUAAUGAAGCAUUACCCAAUGUGUGCCACGCAUUUGCAAGGUGCUCUUAUGUCGAAACUGCACCUUAAAUACCAAGGACGUCAACAGCUUCAACUCUUUCUUAAGGGAAUUGGCCUUUCUAUUGAUGAGGCGAUGAAGUUCUGGUCAUACCAGUUCACUAAGAGCAACUCUGGAAUCACCAUGGAGAAGUUCAACAAGGAAUAUAAGUAUAACCUUCGUCACAACUACGGGUUAGAGGGUGCUAGAAUCAAUUACAAGCCACCUGAUUGCUCUCGAAUUCUUUCUAAGCCAAAGCCUGGUAAAGGAGAAUCUCAUGGAUGCCCCUACAGAGACUUGCCUUUAGAUUCACUUAUUACUAAUUUGAAUGAGAUGGGUGUAACAGAUCAAGUGGAUAUUAACAUGGUGGUAGACGAUGUAGGAAGGAAUGACUAUACUGUGGCCUGUACCAGAGUAUUCGAAUUUACUCACAAGCAAGAAUUGGCCAAAUCCAAGGCCACUAGCUCUGAGGGUAUGCACAUCAAUCACCCAAACCUUUAUUUCGAUAGAUCCAGGCAACUCGAGAAGAGUUCGUGA